AUGGCUUCAGAGGCCCCUUCGGACAACGGUAUCCCGUCACGCAACGCCAAACGCAAAGCAAAAUGCGACGGAAAGAGACCUCUGUGUUCGCUAUGUGCCGUGUCAGGCCAUGUGUGCAAGUACCCAGAAGACGCAAGGCUGGGAAGUCGGCCGUCGAGGGCCGAAGUCGAAGCCUUGCGCAACGAGUUAGAUCGAAUUCGGCAGCUCCUAAACAACCCUGAGACUCCGUCGACACAGGCUAGCAAAGAAGGAUUGAGAGCUACCGAUACUCAGCUAGCGACAACUUCCAACGUGGCCGUGGCCGAAUGUGAAUCAUCCCGGGGCACAGAUGUAAGGCCUGACAAUUCCAUCCCAAAAACCAACUUGGCCGACCAUCACCUCGCUUAUGCCCCAGGAACCGCCUCAACUGAAGGAGAAGGAAGCUCACAUCCCAUUGCGGACCCGAGUAGUUUGGCUUCGAAUGAAACGCAGAUUGCUUGUGCCAUCGAAGAAGACGGAAGUAUCCAUGUCCACGGCAUCUCGAGUCACCUCUACCAACCUUCCGCGCAAAAGAGCCCCUCUCGCGAAAGAUCGGGGUCGCGAAAUAUCCACGGGCCUAAAUACCAAGCUGUAAAAGAUCAGCUUUUCGCCAAUGCGGCUUAUCAGCGGCAACGAGAAGCCUCUUUGAUUUACGGCAGUGGCAGGUCCCUUGGACCUCGAAUCGACUUUGAUGGCCUGGCACCCGAGCUGGCAUUGCACCUCCUGGAAUUGCACUGGAACCGGCAGCAUUACCUCUAUCUCAUGACUUAUCGGCCUGCAUUCUUCGACAGUUUAGCCAACAACGGGCCGUAUGCCCACAAAUUGCUGCUCAACUCCAUUUACUUUUCGAGUUGUUGUCUGGACAGUGACCGGUCCAUCUUCAAGCCGGAUAUCAACGAGCCCCACAGGAGAGGCGAGAGGUUCUACUCAAGAUGCAAGGCUUUGUUGAUGGACGAGAUUGACAAGCCAAGCUUGCCCACUAUCGUUUCGCUGGUCGUGCUCGGAACCACUCUUGUUUCGACCGGCCAGCCAAAUGCUGGAUGGGUGUUGUGUGGCACCGCUUACCGGAUGAUUAUUGAUAUGGGCCUGCACUUGAGCACGUCUCCUUGGCAGGACGACGGCGUUCCGGAAACAAAUUUGACACCCAUUGAAAUUGAAAUGAGGGCUCGCAUCUACUGGGCUUCUUUUAUGAUCGAUAACUAUCAGUCGCUGUAUCUGGGGCGCCCCUCUUACCUUCGCGCUGCAAACGCACGUAUCUCGAGAGAUUUUUAUGACUACUAUGAAGAGCUCGAGAGCUGGACACCUUAUCUUGAUCCCGAGGAAGCUCCUUCGGGCAUGAAUAGUCUAUUGGGAUCUUACAAGCCCCGACCGGUAUACGCCAUCAGUUCCUUCAAGAUAUUCACCGCGCUGGGCGAGAUCGCAUCGCGAAUCACCAACUUCUAUGCCAUAGGUUGCGUCAAGAUUCCUGUCGAGCUCCAUAUAGCAGAGAAGCGAGAAAUUCGAGCGGAGCUUGAUACCUGGGUGGAAAACAUUCCGCCUCAUCUUCGCUUUGACCCUCUUGUUGAUCCCCCUCCACCCCCCAACCAAUUUGUCCCGCACGCACUCUAUCACACGCUUACUAUUUUGCUCGAACGGCCUUUCUUGUCGAGCGGCCAUCUGUCACCCGCUUCUAAUCCGGAGUCUCAGGCUUUGGGUCAGAAAAGGUGCACAGAAUCCGCGUUCAAGAUCUGGCAAGUGUUGAACGCCUAUCAGAAAGCUUUCACAUUCCGACGAGCACCCUAUCUCCUUUCUUACGCCACAUACUGCGCGAUAGUUGUCCUCUUGAACCAAAAGGAAACCCAUGGAGAUGAGUACGAGGAAUGCAUCCGAUUCUUCUGGUUCGCACUCCUCCGUAUCCAGAAAGGCACACAUUUUGGAUUGCGAAAACCACUUCAGAUCCUCCAAGGGCUUAUGUAUCGGGUCGGCAAAGUCAUGCCCGACAGGGAUCCGCGAGAGAACGAGGAUGUUCCAUCCCAACUAGAUCACCGGGUGACAAAUGAAAGCUUCACGAUACCGAUUAACCACGGCAGUGUCGAGCAGAUGCAGCAAGUGAAUGAUUACCCCAUUGACACGGAACUGGAGGCCUUCCUGCAGCAGAAUGCCCAGCAGGGCAACUGGCCAACUGGAGAUUGGUUGGAUACACUGAUCAACGAGUUUGGCCAAAUUGAUGAUUCUUUGAUUGGUCUAAUGGAUUCUCAACAACCAGUUAUAAAAGUCUAUCCUCAUAUGUGA